AUGGUUGUUUUAGCAUCAUCAAUUUGUACCAGAGGUGGUAAACCAUUGUUAUCUAGACAAUUCAAAGACUUGAGUAAGGACACAAUUACCCAAUUAUUGGCCAAUUUUCCAAGUUUAAUUUCAAGUUCUAAUCAACAUACCACCGUUGAAAAUGAAAAUGUUAGAUACGUUUAUCAACCAUUAGAAGAAUUUUACAUUGUAUUGAUUACCAACAAACAAUCCAAUAUUUUACAAGACAUUGACACAUUACAUUUAUUUCAAUUAACCAUCGGGAAUUUAUUAAGAAAUGUUGACGAAAGAGAAAUCUUUGAUAAAUCAUUUGAAAUUUUAAGUUCAUUCGAUGAAAUUAUAAAUAAUGGAUAUAAAGAAAAUUUAACAUUACAACAAGUUGAAACAUUUUUAGAAAUGGAUUCACAUGAAGAAAAAAUCCAAGAAAUUAUUGAAAAGAAUAAGGAAAUGGAAGCAAUUGAAGAAAGAAAGAGGAAAGCUAAAGAAAUUCAAAGAAAAGAAUUAGCUAGAAAGAAUUUAGAAAAUCAAUACGGUAAUAGCCCAAUGGGAAUGGGAGGAAUGGGAGGAAUGUCAAUGAAUCAAAUGCCAAUGAAUCAAAUGGCAGGUAUGAAUAUGAGUGGACAAAAUAUAAAUCCUGAACCUGAAGAACCUUCAUAUAAACAAUUUACUCCAAGAUCAGGAGGUUUACAAUUAGGUAAAAAACCUCAAACUUCUAAUCAAUCAAGUCAACCAUUAUUAUCACAAAGUCAACCUAUUUUCCAAAAUUCACAAUCUCAUACACCAAGUGGAUUUAAUACUAAACAAUCAACCCCUCAACCAACUGUAGCAAAAGUUCAAAAUAAUGGUAUUUUAAUUACAAUUAAUGAAAAAUUCAAUGCAAAUUUAAACAGAGAUGGAUCUAUUUUAUCAUCAGAAAUCAAAGGAGAUUUACAAUUAAGAAUUAAUAAUUCUGAAUUAUCAAAUUGUAAAAUUUUAUUGAAAAAUGAACAAUCAAAAGCUGUUCAAUUCAAAACUCAUCCAAAUGUUGAUCGUAAUUUAUUCCAAGAAGAAAGUGUUAUUGGAUUAAAAGAUAAAAGUAAAAACUUUCCUAAUAAUGAUCAAAGUUUAGGAGUUUUAAGAUGGAGAUGUGUUGGUAAUAAAGAUGAUGAUUCAUUUAUUCCAAUAUUAUUUACAGCUUGGGUCAAUAUUAAUGAUAAUAUCGCUGAUAUUACAUUAGAAUAUGAAUUAACCUCGAAUUUUAUUAAUAAUAAUGUUUCAAAUACUGAAAUUAAAGAUAUUAAAAUUUUAGUACCAUCAAAUGAAGUAUCAUUAAAAGAUGAAGAUAAUUUAUCACUUGAAAUGACUGAUAUGGGAACAUUAAUUAAUAUCGACAGUAUCUCAAUUGAUGAUCCACAAGGAUCAUUUGAAUUCCAAGUAAAUUCAUUCGAUGAAGAUUCUUUAUUCCCAAUGAAUGUUAAAUUCGAUAUUAAUUAUGAAGACUUUAAUGAUUCUGAUAAUUGUUUUGGUAAAAUUCAAAUUCUUGAUGUUGUUAAUUAUGACGAUGAAUCAUUACCAUUUGAUUUACAUUGUAAUUUAUCAAGUGAAAAUUAUCAAAUAUCAUAG